AUGGCAUCUACAGACUCUCAGCCUGCUCUUGCGACAACGAAGCGGAAAUUCCACAAAUUGCUCGACAACCUCACAGGCAGCACUUCUACAACCUCGCUUGCGAGCACACUACCAGAAUCGAAUCCAUCUACCGAAUCACUGCAACCAACGGGAAGCCCUGAACCGGCUUCAAAACGACCUCGCAGCUCCCAUGUGAGCGACGAGCGUCAACGAAACAUAUCGGCUGGUCAAGAGCGCAUCCGUAUCAUCAAAGAACAACUCUUGACACCCCGGCGUAAUGCCACUGUCAGAGUUGUAGGUAAAACAGCCGUACAGGUAACAACCAAGCCAUCGCCGUCGCCGUCGACAGCGCCGUCUCCUCGCAAAGCACCAAAUUAUCAGCCUUACAGCCAGGAGCAGUUCCUUGAGCGACUGAAGACCUUUGCAGAUGUUAAGAGGUGGACAUCGAAGCCUGACGAUAUUAGUGAGGUGGAGUGGGCGAAGAAGGGAUGGAGUUGCGAUACCUGGAAUACAGUGGCGUGCAAAGGUGGAUGCGAGAAGCGUGUUGCAGUCAAAUUAAGACCCAAACGAAAAGACGGGGAUGGAAAGGAUAUUGAGAAGAGCGAAGACAUGGCUGUUGAGAUUGAUCCUGCUUUGGUCUAUCGAUACCAGGAGCUCAUCACCAGUGCGCAUGCAAAUGACUGUUUGUGGAAGAAGAAGGGCUGUCAAGACGAUAUCUACCACAUCCCAAUCGCUAAUCGAGCGAAGAGCACGGCAGAUCUGCUGUCUCGUUACAUCUCCCUUCAGUCCUUAUCCACUGAUCUUCCACUUCUCUCCAACAUAACGUAUCCCGACCCGCCAAUCCAGCACAUUCUUGCGCAUACACCCCGCUCAAUCUUUGCACCACAACCGCCACCUACUACCCCUAGCGAGAUUGUCGCCUUCAUAUUUGCUCUUUUCGGCUGGACUGGGUUGUCAGAAUCCCGCAUCAGCCUUGCAACCUGCACACACUGCUUCCAACGCUUGGGCCUUUGGCUCUCCUCUGAUGCGCGGCUGCAGGAGAUGAGCAAGAAGCUCAAUGUCCCGAUGGAGAGUCUGAGGCUUAAUCUGCUUGAAUCUCAUCGGGAGCAUUGUCCGUGGAAGAAUGGUGUUGUCCAGGGCAACAGCAGCGAUGGCCCUAUUGCAGGCAUGGCCGCAUGGGAGACAUUGGAAUUCAUUCUUCUUGGUGGUUGCAACAGCGCUGGCAAGACUAGAAUGAUGGGGAGGGACAACGAGAUGUCGACACCCGCAACGCCUACUCGAAGCGGUCAUCACAGGGCCAUGGAUAGUGUAGACGUAGGGAGUGAGAGUGGUCUCACAUAUCCACGGGGCAGUAUGGAGAGUGAGGGCCGGCCUGCCAUGGAAGAGGAGGAUGAAGGACUGCAGAACAAAUGGAAGAAAUUGAAAGCGAAGCUUAAGAGGACGGCCAGCAAAAAAAGUCUUAGAAGUGUGAAAAGCGGAAAGAGCGUCAAGAGUGGGAAGGAGAGAUCAUAG